AUGGCACGGUUCUUACACGACGAUCAGAUUGAGGGAUUCCUAAAUGGCUCCGGGGAUGAGGGUAUUGAUGAUGAAGAGCAGCAGGACAUGCCUUUUACAGGCCUAGAAACUAGUAUUCUUUUCCCAUCUUUUUUCAAGUCUCAGUCUUCAAGUAGCAGCGAUGAAGACGUGCCACUGUCAAAUUUACGAUGGAAGAAGAAGAAAUUUCAUGGUAAACCGAUACCAGGGGUCUCAGACCCUAACGCAGUAUUAACUCCAGCGCAAUACUUUGAACGCUACUUCACGCUGGAACAGUUUGCGCUAGCCACUAAUCAGUAUUAUAUGACUGAAACUGGACAUCAGUUGAAGCCCGUUUGUACUUCUGGGGAAAUCAAAAAGUUUUUUUGCAUCCACGGUUUAAUGGGGUGCUUUAGUUAUCCAAGAAUCAAAUUGUUUUGGAACCAGCGUUAUAAGUUCGACCCCAUAGCAAGUGCUAUGUCGAGAGAUAGAUUUUUCUCCUCAGGGUAA